AUGGGUCCUCAUCAUGUGGCGAAAUCCUACACGAACCCUAUCAUCUCCGGUUUCAACGCUGAUCCGUCCAUCAUCCGCGUGAAUCGUGACUUUUUCCUAGUCACCUCAAGUUUUGAAUAUUUCCCAGGAGUGCCUAUAUAUCACAGCACAGACCUUGUUAGUUGGAAGUUAAUUGGUCACGCGCUCACCCGAACAAGUCAGCUCCAAAUUCAUACCCCGGAACCUGGUGGUGGCGUUUGGGCCGCGACGCUUCGUUUCCACGAUGGCUUUUUUUAUGUUGUUGCUGCAAGCUUUGAACAUUAUCGUCCACAGAAUGACGACCGAGUUUGGCCACUUGGAUUUUACGUGAAAACGAAUAAUAUUUGGGACUCGACGUCAUGGUCUGACCCUGUGUAUUUCGACGAAGUCGGGUUUGAUCAAGAUCUCUUCUGGGACGAUGACGGAACCGUAUACCUCUCACAAACACGUCGAAAGCAACAUCGAACGCCGGGUGCCCAGCUGAAGGACUUUGCUAUUCAUAUCUGCACUGUUGAUCUCGAGACAGGAGCCUCAACAACACUAGAGCCGCGGCUUAUUAGAGACUCAUCUUCCGGCGUAUCUGAAGGAUCUCAUAUUAUCAAACGAGGAAAGUACUACUAUCUCUUCACCGCAGAGGGCGGAACAGAAAGUGGCCAUAGCGAAUGGGUUAGUCGAAGUGAAGAGGGCCCUUUUGGGCCCUGGGUGACUGGCCCAGAUAAUCCCCUCUGUCACAACGGAGCAAAUGACGAUGUGCAGAAUGUCGGUCAUGCGGAUUUGGUUGAGGAUCUGGAUGGCAAUUGGUGGGCAGUUUUGCUGGGAGUGCGCCCUGUGAACAAGAAUGAUGGUACAUGGGAGUUAUCGGUAUUUGGUCGUGAAACAUUCCUAGUGUCGGUGGAUUGGGUGGAUGAUUGGCCUGUGUUGAAUAACGGUCAAAAAAUCUCACUCCAAUCCAGUUCGCAGGCAUAUUGGCAAGAACAGAGUUCCGUAAUCUGGGAGGAUGACUUUUCAAAACCGAAUUUGCAGUUGGGAUGGUAUCGGAAAAACACACCGCGAAAACAAGACUUCUCCUUGACAGCCCGCCCAGGCUAUCUUCGACUAUUUGGCGGACCUUAUACACUUCGUGACCCUUCUUGUCCAACACUAUUUCUACAGAAACAAACCGAGCGCUUUUGCACAUGGGAAACGCGUUUAUCUUUCUUCCCAUUUUCUGAGAGUACAGAAGCUGGGACCGUUGUAUGGAUGGAUUACUUCACACAUGGUACUAUCGGCAUUCGUCUUCAGGAGUCCAUUACUGGGCCUCCCCAAAGAAUAAUCCGUUUCUCUCCACCAGCCGGCUCUGGCGCUGAAAUAAUUGAGCGGAGGUUAGAGAGUUUGAGGUCCGAUGUCAUUUUACAAGUCGUUUGCGGAGAUCGAUAUCAAUUUAGCUUCAGAGAGACCAUGGACAGCAAUGAUCUUCAGGAAUCUCAUGUUGAGAAGAUGGUAUGGAUCGGUGAUGUUGCCAAUGAUGUGAUGACUCGACCACCGCCAAUUGGCGCUCAGUUUACAGGUGUCAUGCUGGGCUUGUAUGCAUUCGGAGAGCACCAUCCGAGCCAUACGCCAGCAGACUUUCAUCAUGCCAACAUCACCAAGCGCUAA